AGUUUUAUGCGUCACAGUGAUCGAUCAAUCGAUCGAGAGAAACUGAGAAAGGGAGAUGGCUGGGAAAUUGAGCGGCGUGGCGUCCCGCAUCUUGGGCAGCAACGGCGUCGCUGCCCGAUCCGCCGCCUCCGCCUUCCGUACUCGAGCCGGCAUGGGUCUACCCGUCGGCAAACACAUCGUCCCCGAUAAGCCCCUUCCCACUCACGACGAGCUGGUCUGGGACAACGGUAGUGCGUACCCGGAGCCCUGCGUAGAUCGGAUCGCCCCCCACAUCGGGAAGUAUGAAGCAUUGGCAUGGUUAUGCGGCGGGUUGAGUUUCUUCGUGUCGCUAGGUUUGCUGGCUGUUUGGAAUGACAAGGCGUCCACGAUCCCCUUCGCACCCAAAGUUUAUCCAUAUGAUAAUCUUCGCAAGGAGCUUGGCGGAGAGCCAUAAUAUAUGCUCAAGUUGUGAAUGAAGCUACUGUUGGCUUUGGCUUGCUUUCUCUUAGCGGAGAGUGCUUUGCUGUUGAUGAAUUAUGAGUCUACAUAAGCUUUUGAAUGAUUACUAGCUCUUAACAUCCUUUCA